AAUAAUGAUCUCUUAUUCAACUUUUUAGAGUAGUCAAAUGAGGAUGAUAGACAGAGGCACAGCGAUAUCUCUGAUUGCUUUGUUUGAUCCGUGGGCGCUGAUUGUUUGUUUCCCUAGAAAUUAUUGAUCAAUUCGAAGGAAUAUCUGAUAUGGCUCCUGUUAAGUCUAUUGAUUGGGAGCAUGAAUCGUACCCGGUUUAUGAGGAUUUCAUUGUUCUGCCGUUCUUUGUUCUCUUCUUUCCUUCUGUUCGACUCCUUCUAGACAGAUUUGUUUUUGAGAAAGUGGGAAAACGAUUAAUUUUCGGAAAGGGGCAUCGAAUGCUGGAUGUUGAGACGGCUGAGAGAAGGAAGAAGAUCAGAAAAUUUAAGGAGUCAGCAUGGAAAUGUGUGUAUUUUCUUUCGGCGGAGCUUUUAGCUCUCUCUGUAACUUAUAAUGAGCCAUGGUUUACUAAUACAAAGAGCUUUUGGGUUGGGCCAGGAGAGCAGGUCUGGCCUGAUCAAAAAAUGAAGUUUAAAUUAAAAGGUGUCUACAUGUAUGCUGCUGGAUUUUACACGUACUCUAUAUUUGCUUUGAUUUUCUGGGAAACAAGGCGUUCUGACUUUGGGGUGUCGAUGGGUCACCAUGUGGUAUCUGUCAUUCUCAUUGUCCUCUCUUACAUAUUGAGGUUUGCUCGUGUUGGGUCAGUGGUCUUGGCUCUUCAUGAUGCUAGUGAUGUUUUUCUGGAGGUAGGAAAGAUGUCUUUAUACAGUGGUGCUGAAAGGAUGGCCAGUGUUUCAUUUGUUCUUUUUGUUUUGGUUUGGCUCUUACUGCGCCUCAUUUACUACCCAUUCUGGGUCCUUUGGAGCACAAGCUAUGAAAUUGUCCAGUAUUUGGACUUUAAAAAACACGGGGUGGAUGGACCUGUUUGUUACUAUGUCUUCAAUACGCUCCUAUACUGCUUGCUUGUUCUACAUAUAUAUUGGUGGGUCUUGAUGUUGCGGAUGCUUGUUAAACAAGUCCAGGCAAGAGGCCAGAUUAGUGAUGAUAUUCGAUCUGAUUCUGAAGGCGAAGAUGAGCAUGAAGAUUGACUGAGAAAAGAUGACGUCGCAUGCAUGAUUCAAGAAAAGGUGAUUUGAAUUAUUAAAAACGUGACGGUAUUUGAGUCUUGCAAGGAGUCAGCAGUUAAUAUGUCUUGUGAAUGCCUUGUUCAUUGAAACUGAGAGAAAGGAUCUCAUUUCUUGUAUCUUUCCUGCACAUGGUGAUUGGCCAUAGCUUAAAUCACUGUUCUUAAGCUGAAACAAAACAGUUGUAUAUGAAGAAGGUCUGUUGUAAUUGAAGUCAUUGUAGCUUGAUUUUGUUAUGAGAUGUAUUUUACCAAAGGAUUGUUGGUGCAA